AUGCGCAAUGGGGACCAGGCCACAGCCCCUCUUAGUGAGCAAGGACUAGUCGGGUUUUCGAUAGAACUGGAGCUUGAAGAUAUUAGUCGGGAAAUGGCGGGGCACCUUGGCUUGCUUCCAAAGCAUAAAGAUAUCUCAGCUAGCAGCAGCAGCAGUAGUAGUAUCGACACUAGGCCUGGCGCAAUCUCACUACCUCAAAUUACCAUCAAUAGCUUGUUCACUGCACUUGAACAUGUUUCCAACCUAGAGACCGGAUUCCAAAGACUGAAAUCUCUAGAAUGCCCGCUUCCUAGUAUUAUCGAGAUCCUGCACAGAAAAUACCCACAUAUAGAAUUUGUCCAAAAGCUCUGCCCUGUUGCGCUCAUGCCAAAAUCCUCAUCAACAUUUACCAUGCCACUCGAGACAGCAGCAACAUAUCGAGUCUUCACAGCAUAUCUCUUAUUCACCUCUCUCACACCUCACGAUAUCCUCGUGAUACUAUCGGAUGCAUUGCUAGCCAGUGAAAAAAGCACCUACUCCAUGGACUCUAUUAGAUGUUCCCAGGAAGCCGCAUUAGUGGAAUAUUUCCAUUUUCUACUUUUAUUUCUCGCCAUGUAUAAUUUUGAUUACAGAAUUCGCCACCUCGAGACUUCACCCCUACUAGACAAGAAUAUCAGCUUCCACGCGCAGCGAAUUCUCAGCUGGAGGUUGACUACAUGGAUCCAGGGAUACUUUCGCCCAGAAAGACCUUGA